AUGGUGCACACAGGCUUUCUGCGCCCCAGUCUCAUCGACCAUGUCAAUAUAGCCCGCAUCGACCGCAACCCGCUCGAAGACCAGGCUCUCUGGCGACCAUACCCGACCCAUCGCGAGCCGCGCCCGUCCUACCUGAGCCAGUCCUUCGACGAGGCGUGUAACUUGUCGACCGUUGCGCGUGAUAUCUCGCGCAGCAUGUUCGCCGAUGAACGGGUCAGCCCGACUCUGGAGCCAGCUCCACACCAAAGCCGCGAGGAGCUGUAUGAACGGCUCCGACGCUGGCAUAGUCUUUUGCCGGAGGCUUUUGACUCGCGGUACCGGCCGCCGCCGCAUAUUAUUUUGUUGAGAAUGCGCUAUCACGCCCUGAUCAUCAACCUCUUCAGCUGUAUCUCCGACGACGAAAUCUCGAGUACGACAUCUGAUGCACCCAAGACACCCGAGAGCCCUCCGCGCCACACCCCAGAGACGAAAUACAAUGUGUGGGAAGUAACGCAGUCGGCAGCCCUUGGCAUCGCAGCGCUGACCCGGCUGCACCGCCGCGAGUACGGGAUGAGCCGCGCACACCACUUCGCCAUGUAUGCGAUCAACCUCGCCUUGUUCACAAUGCUCGAGCAGGAGUCGUUCAACGUGCUGGACCAAGACUUCCUGUCGCUGGCCAGCGCCUUCUCCAUCGUCGCGAGCCGCUCCGCCCUCGGCCGCAAUCUCUUCCAUAUCUUUCGCCAGUCGGUGCGCGCCAAGGAGCAGGGGAGUCGGAUCCGCGACGCGAGUGCUCUUCCGGAUGAGCUCAAAGAUCUCUUUGACGAGCAAUCAUCGGCAGAGGGCCAUAGUCGUUUUGACGAGUAUGCCGAGGGCCUGGAGAAACUCAACCAGGAAGCGAAGUACCAUGGCAUUGGUGUUGACCCCGAACAUGGUCUCCAGGAGUAUCCCGGUCUGGGACUCUCUGAUAUGCUGGAUCGCUACGAGAGCCUGAGUCUGGGGAAGGACGAUGUACUAUCCGAACGACAUCGUCCAACCGGUUGUUGA